UCCGAGACACCUCGGGCUGUUCCCAAUUUCUCCUGCGUUAUAAAGACUGUCAAUCUGCAGGCUUUGCGGUGUCGUGAUUGUACAAUCGUUUGUUCUUGCUUCCCUCGACUUACUGAGAUCUUCGAGAUCCUUUCGCCUCCCCCCUUUUCAACCUCCUACUUUUCGAUUCACUGUCAAUUCAAUUCACAAUGGCUCCCACUGCUUUAGAGAAGGAGAACCACCAGCGCGAUGCUGAGUUCAACGCUGCCAUGCACGGAAACUCUGCUCAGGCUAAAGGAGGUUUCGCUGCCAUGCGCCAGAAGAGCGCUGCCGCUCAGAAGGCCGCCGUUGACGAGUACUUCAAGCACUGGGACAACAAGUCUGCUGAGACUGAAACAGAAGAGAUUCGUGAGGCUCGUCGCGCCGAGUAUGCCACGUUGACCCGACAUUACUACAACCUUGCUACCGAUCUCUACGAAUACGGAUGGGGUACAUCAUUCCACUUCUGCCGCUUUGCGUACGGAGAGCCCUUCUACCAGGCCAUCGCUCGCCACGAACACUACCUCGCUCACCAGAUGGGCAUCAAACCUGGCAUGAAGGUGCUCGAUGUUGGUUGUGGUGUCGGCGGUCCCGCCCGCGAGAUUGUCAAGUUCACUGACGCCCAUGUUACUGGUCUGAACAACAACGACUACCAGAUCCAGCGUGCGACUCGCUAUGCUGAACGUGAGGGACUGAGCCACAAGUUGAACUUCGUCAAGGGUGAUUUCAUGCAGAUGCAGUUCCCUGACAACUCAUUCGACGCUGUUUAUGCCAUUGAGGCUACUGUCCACGCUCCUGAACUUGCCGGUGUCUACAAGGAGAUCAUGCGAGUUCUCAAGCCUGGCGGUGUCUUUGGUGUUUACGAGUGGCUCAUGACUGACGCUUACGACAAUGACAACCCCGAGCACCGCAAGAUCCGUCUCGGUAUCGAGCAGGGUGACGGUAUCUCCAACAUGGUCAAGGUGUCCGAAGGUCUGGCUGCCAUCAAGGAGGCCGGCCUUGAGCUUUUGCACCACGAGGAUCUGGCUGACCGACCAGAUGAGAUUCCGUGGUACUACCCUCUUGCAGGUUCCUUCAAGCAUAUGACUUCGCCAUGGGAUUUCUUCACUAUUGCUCGGAUGACAUGGUGGGGACGUGGCUUGGUCCACCGCUUUGUCGGCGCCAUGGAGACCAUUAAGCUCAUUCCCCAGGGAACACAGAAGACCGCCGAUAGCCUGGCGUUGGCGGCGGACUGCCUUGUCGCCGGUGGUGAGAAGAAGCUCUUCACUCCGAUGUACCUGAUGGUUGCACGCAAGCCUGAGUAAGGCACUAAUGUACAAUGACCAGCAUUUCUUUCGUGCAGGCGGUCUAUCAUAUUUAAUAAUCGUCUCAGUAUCUUCUUGUUGCUUUCCUUUGUUUCAUUGUACCGCCCGAUGAUUUGUCCUACGAACCGGAGCAUGCGCUAUGGUUAUGAUGUAUAUCUAGAUUAAUAGAUCAAAACUUCUU